AUGUCUCGCUACGCCGAAGCCCACGCAAACUACGCCGGUCCAGGCGAUGCCCGACCAACCGCCCUCCAGAUCAUCAAAGACGAAGACCUCAUCGGCAAGCUCUCAGACAAAGUCUUCCUCGUGACGGGAGUCUCAUCAGGCAUCGGCGUCGAAACCCUUCGAGCUCUACACGCCACUGGAGGACACGUCUUUGGCACAGUCCGCGAUGUUGCGAAGGGCAAACAAGUCGUCUCCGAAAUUCAAUCGCAAAACCCCUCCGGCGGCAAAAUCACCCUCAUAGAAAUGUCAAUGGACAGCCUGUCCUCAAUCAAAAAGGGCGCCUCGGCCGUCCUCUCCCAAACCAAAACCCUCAACAUCGUAAUCAACAACGCAGGCGUCAUGGCCACGCCCGAAGGAAAAACUCAAGACGGCUUCGAAACACAAUUCGGCACGAACCACAUCGGGCACUUCUACCUCUUCCAGCUGCUAAAAGACACCCUCCUCGCCUCCGCCACCCCCGCCUUUCCCUCGCGCGUCGUCUCUGUCUCGAGUUUCGGCCACCGCACGGGCGAAGUCCGCUUCGACGACUACAACUUCUCCACGCCCGGGUCCUACAACCCCUGGGUCUCCUACGGGCAAGCCAAAACGGCCAACAUUUACUUUUCCAACGAACUUGAGCGGCGGUACGGCUCUCGCAACCUGCACAGCACGAGCUUGCACCCGGGCGGGAUUUGGACGGGCUUGCAGAAACAUGUCGAUCCGGCGGGGUUUCAGUUGGAUAAGAAGCAGGAGGCGUAUAUGAAGAGUGUGGAGCAGGGCGCGGCGACGAGUGUGUAUGCCGCGGUGAGUGAGGAGUGGAAGCAGAAAGGGGGAAGGUAUUUGAGUGAUUGUGUGGAGCAGAAGGCGUUUCAGCAUAAGGAGAAUCCGAUGUAUGUCGGGGAUGAUGGGUAUGAGGAGUGGGCGUAUGAUGAGGAGAAGGAGGGGAGGUUGUGGAGGGACUCGUUGAAGAUGGUUGGUUUGGAAGAUGAUCAGUGA